AUGGAACGUAAUCGAUGUACACAUUUACUGACCGAUAAGAACUCGGGUGAGAAAUAUCGAAAGGCGCGAGAAUGGGGUUGGGAUUGUGUGAAGAUUGUUCGAGUGAAAUGGUUGGACAAAUGUGUCCAAAAGGGAAUGCGAAUUGAAGAGCGUUUAUAUGAGCCGAAAUUCUCGGCUGUGACAAAGACAAGUACUCCACAAUCAGAUGCCAUACCUCCGGCAGUUUUUGAUAUCAGUUGUGUGAGUAGUGAUACUCGACGCACGAGUGAUUCGAUCUCAUCAGCGUUGGUUGAAACGUCGUCGAAUGUGAAUUUUUCUUCGAUACGAAGAGCACGAACCGAUGCGGCGAACUCAUCAAAUACGACAAUUUCUGACGCAUCGAUACUUCAUCAGCGUUUAAACAACAACUCUUUCCGUCGAAACCAGUCAUCGCGUAAUUUCGCAUCCAAUGAAGAUCCGAAAAUACCGGAUCCUAUCGAAGUGAUCGGAUUGAAUGCGGAUGCCGCAUACGAUUUCCUUGAGAAUUGUCGAUUGUAUUUGUGUGGUUUCACCGAUGAGGAACUACCAAAAUGGAAGCGAGUGUUGAACGCGUUGGGUGCGACUCGUUUACCCGAUAUAUAUUCCGAUAUAACACACAUUGUGGUGGGUUCGAUUCAGAACUCGACGAUUUCCGUUGAUAAGUUGAAAGAAAAAUCUGCAGACAUAUCAAUCGUAACAUACAAGUGGUUAAUUGAAUGUGCAAUACAGCAGAAACUUGUCGCAGAGAAAGAAUUUCUGCAUCCGUCAAUAUACAGUAUCAAUAAUGUAACGGAACCGGAUCGAUCGGCGUUAAGAAUUAGUAAUUCAGAGACACCGCGUGCUGCAGUUCCACUCAGAAAAUCCUUAACAAGCAUUAUUCAACGUCGAUUCAAUUCAGAUCAUGUCAUUGAUCCAACGGAGACGACCAUAUCUAUUAAUCAACCAGUUCAAAAGAAUGAGGAUAGAAAGAAGGCUGAUGAGACGGAUGCUGCUGAAGGAUGGCGGAACGAAGUGGCGCACCAUAAUGCGGAUAAAUUAUUCAGCGGUCUUACGUUUGGUAUCGAUCGAAUUGACGACUCUUUAAGUGAUGAUCUCAAAGUGACGAUUCGAGAGUUUGGAGGUGAAUGUGAAUUGAACGAAGAAAGCCGACAGAUCGAUUAUUUGAUAUUGCCUUUAUUUCAUUAUGGUUCAUUGAAGGAACUCACCGAUCUGAACGUUAAAAAUAUUGUUUCGGUCUAUUGGAUGCAAGACUGUAUUGACAAAUGUCAGUUGAUUGACGCGGAUGCGCAUCCACUGUAUCGACCUCUAAAAGCACCGGCCGAUCUCGUUUUUGAGGGAUGUGUUGUGGCGUUGAGUUCGAUGAAUUCACUCGAUAAAGAGACGUAUACGGGUUUACUGAAGGAUUUCGGUGCAAUUGUGCAGAAUCGUUUGGUGAAACGUGGCACUGCCGGUGGGCCAUUGCAACGUAAUACACAUGUGGUAACGUGUGCCGACGUUGAAAGAAUUAAGUGUGCGCGGAAAUGGGAUAUUCCAGUGGUUGAUCCGUCGUGGAUUAUUGAAUCGCUGAUUAAGGCAGAAAAACAAUCCAUUGAAGGGUUCCUAUUCGAUGAGGAACCUCUGAAAGGAUAUGUACGUACUGAUAAAUUAUGGUCAGCACUGUGCAGUGAUAAGAAUGGAAAUGCUUCCGGUAGGAUUGAUCAAAGUGGUAAUAAACGUUCCUCAGCGAAAUCAGUUGGACACACAAGUACAGAUAAUGUUGGAAUGAUGAAUGCAACGGGCGAUGAUUAUGAAAUGGACGAGGAGGUAUUGAACCAAAAUGAUCACCGUCCAUCUGAUUCAGCUGGUAAUGUUAACAAUGAAGUAGUUGGCAUUGAAACACCGGCAAGCAAGAGACUUAAAACUCUUCGUUCAAGCGGUGAUUCUACACCGAGUUUCUUGAACGCAAAUGCGAAGAAUUACAAAUGUCAAUUGGAUUUACAAGAGGCAUAUAAAGUGGUAGAUACGUUACAGUCUUGUAGAACAUCAUCACUGUCAACUGAAGGAGUUAACUGGUCUGAGUCUAUGGUUGGUCAUUUAUUGGAGGAGGCAGCAAUAAAGACAGCGAUGAAUCCGAGAAAUGAAUCACCAAAAGCAAAUCAUCCAUCGACAUCUGUUGCUGCUGAAGCAGCGUCAUCGCCAUCGACAUCAACGAGAAUAUUACGACAACCAAAAGAUUUGGUGUCGUCGUCCAAUGUUAGUACAUCAAUGCAGAAGAACGAUAAACGUUCAGCGAAAACUCUUGAUUCGGAUAUAUCUUCUGAACGCACUUCGGCCGCAUCAAAACCAAAAACAUCCAAAAACACAGCUCUAUCAUCGAUUAAAAGUGCUCUAUUGAGAACUCGAGAUAAUGACUCCGCUUCGACGGUAUCGAAACGUUUAUCAACAGAGCAACGGAUCGAUGAACGACAUCGGAAUAUGGCAAAACAACGAAUGAUGGAAGAGAAAUUGGCAAGUUUAGCUGCGACGUAUGAUGGCGAUGUUGAUGUGGGUUCAUUGACUUCAGUUAAAGCAACUAAAAAUGAUACCGUUGAUAACGACAAUGAGGACGAUUUGUUGAAACAACCGUCUACAUCAUCCAAGCGGCAAAUGUCUCUAAGGGACGAUCAAAAUAAAGGUGGUGAUAGCGAAUCGAUUCAGGUUGUUCCUGUAAAGAAGCGUUUCGUAUUCUCAUCGCUCAGCAUUGAGGAUCGUGAGCGAUUGAGUGUAUAUGUGAAGAAGCUUAACGCGGAGGUGUGCUUGGACAUAGAUGAUGAUGUGACGCAUCUGUGUUGUGGUACAAUCAUCCGUAAUGUGAAAUUGAUGCGAUCGAUAUGCUCCGGUAAAUACAUCGUUCUACCCGACUACAUUGAGGAUUCACACAAAGCCGGAAAGUGGCUGAAUGAGAGCGAUUUCGAAUGGGGUGCCGUAGGCAACUUGACAAAACAGUCGUUCGAUAAUCCACGUCAAGAGAUGUUAGCUGCAGCGUGUCAUCGAUGGCGAGUCAAGAUUGAACUGACCUCAAAGAGAGCAUUUGACGGGUGGUGUGUGUUGUUUUACUGUAGCCAACGACGUCUAAGCGAUGUGACUAAAAUCGUCGAAUGUGGUGGUGGGACAUGGUAUUCGAGAGAUGAUAUCACUUUAUCGGACGAUUUGCUGAAUAAAGUCACUGUUGUGCUCGUUGAACGAUCGAAAUAUUGGAAUGACUCGGAAAUCGACAUGCUGAUCGAGCGUGGUGUUUAUUGCUAUCCUCUCGACUACCUGUCAACUUAUCUCGUCGAAACGGAUCUGCAACCGGAGCAGUUCUUGCACAAGGAUUAUCAAGCACGUUUGAAGGCGAAACAAGAUUCGAACAAAUCGCGUGCGUCUCGGAAGAAAUAG